AUUAAGUUCUGCGGAAAGGAAGAUGCGUCUACAUGAAAAUACUGACUGAAAUUGUGUUGUUUUGCAGGGAUGCGAUGGUCGUAACGACGUUGGAUACGUUCACAUCUCUUCUGGCAGGAACGACGAUAUUCGGAAUCCUGGGAAACCUGGCGCACGAGUUGAACGUCGAAGUUAAGGACGUGGUGAACGCAGGUGGAACCGGUCUAGCCUUCAUCUCGUACCCGGAGGCGAUAGCGAAAUUCGAAAGCGUUCCCUGGUUAUUCGCAAUCCUUUUCUUCGUGAUGCUGCUCGUGCUCGGCGUUGGAAGUUUGGUGGCUUUGCAAGGGUGCGCCAUCACGGUCAUCAUGGAUUCCUUUCCGUCGUUGAAAAGUUGGCAAGUUUCGUUGGGCACAGCGAUCGUCGGAUUUCUUAUAGGAUUAGUUUACGUAACGCCGGGAGGUCAGUACAUGCUUAAUAUGGUCGAUCACUUUGGUGGGACUUUCGUCAUCUUCGUGGUCACUCUCAUCGAGGUGUUAACUGUGAUGUGGUGGUACGGAUUGGAGAACUUCUGCAUCGAUUUGGAGUUCAUGUUGAAGAGGAAAGUGCACGUUUACUUCAGGGUGAUGUGGGGAUUGGUGACGCCUAUAGUGCUCAUCCUCAUCUUCGUUUACUUCAUCCUGACGCUCAAACGGCUCGAGUACGGAACACACGGUUAUCCUGACUCUAUACUUGCUUUUGGUUGGCUCAUUCUUGCCGUCACCGUCUUGCAGCUUCUGAUGUGGGCUUGCUACUAUUUAUACUCUAACAGAGAGUACGGAUGUGUUAAGAUGGUCUCGAAGUCGUUUUCAUCGGAGAAUUGGGGCCCGGCCAACUCGUCGACUUGCGAGGAGUACAAGAAGUUUAAGGAGGACAAACUGCAGGAGAUGGCGAACCUGAGCCCUACGCAAAGGUUACUUCACAGCUUCCGGGCAUAAACGAAGAGGAUAGGAGAGAAGA